AUGGCCACUACGACGGGAACUGAAGGAGCAGUAUCCGGAUCCACCGCGGGUGUCGGAUCGGCUGCUGGUGCGAGUACGGGAUCGGUUGCCGGUGCCGGCGGCGGAGCAGGAGCUGCCCAUGGUGUUUUUCCAUUUGCUGGUAUGCAGUCCUCGUUCAUCAUCGACCCGUUCGACCGUCACAAAAUGAAAUGGUCGAAAUGGGUAGAGCGGCUGGAGGGGGCGUUCAACUUGUUUGGUGUGCAACCGGAUUCCCGACUGUUUCUGCUGCUGCACUUUAUGGGCGGAGAAACGUAUGACAUUUUGUACGAUAAACUGGCACCCGAGAAACCCCUGGCCAAGUUCGCAGGGAUUCAGAUUCGGUGCCAAGGGGAUGACCGUCCAGAUGAAUCCAUCGACGAGUACCUGAUCGCCCUACGGAAGCUAGUCAUUACGUGCAAGUUUGGCGAUUACCUUAACACGGCGUUACGCAACCAAUUCGUUUUUGGACUCAAGGACCGGACGAUUCAAGCUCGUUUGUUGGAAGUACGAAACCUGACUUUGAUCCGGGCUCGAGACAUGGCGGUUUCCAUGGAACUAUCUUCCAAGGGAGGAAGAGAGAUCCAAUCCAAGCAGGACAGACCGGACGUCAACUUGGUAGAUCGUCAGAGGAGCUACAAAGUGCAGAGAGUGUGCCUAAAGGCGAAGAAAACCGUAAAGAGUGCUAAUUCUUCUGCGCAUUUGUUGGAGGAGGAUUCCACGGCGGAUUCGAACGAGAACGAGGUCGUUACGCUGGAGGAAUUGUGCAAACUGGAUGCAGUUGCCGAGUCCCUCGGCUCCAAGUUCUGGCUGGACGUCAAGGUGGACGGAAAGGAGGUACGCUUCGAAGUUGAUAUGGGAGCUCCUGUUUCGAUGAUCAACGUAGAUGACCACCGGAGAUUUUUCGGCGGCAAGAAGCUACACCCGCCGAAUAUGGAGCUCGUUAGUUUCUGCAAUACGAACAUCGGUAUCGAGGGAAUGCUGGACGUUGCUGUGGGAUACGGGGCUGAAAGAGUGUCACUACCUUUGUACAUUACAAGCAUGAGGAAAAACCCACUGCUGGGCCGUCAAUGGAUGCGAAGGUUGCGGAUUGAUCUUAACGAUGUGGCCUAUUCGGAUGUUCAUGCACUUGCUGCUGCUGCUGUUCCGGUUCCGGAAAGGGUAAAUACCAAACUGCCGAAGGUUCCUGCAACGAUAGCUGCUGCUACAUCGAUUCCGGAGCGUGUUCCUGCUGAACUACCGAAAGUUUAUACUGCUGAUGUCAAAGCGCUGGUACAGAGGAACGCGAAUCUCUACGACGACUCUAUCGGGAAGAUUACCGUUCCAGUUUACAUCAAGGCACGACCGGUGCCGUUUUCUCUUCGUGUUGCUGUUGAACAGGAGUUGGAAAAGCUGGUGAAGGAUGGUGUCCUAGAUAAGGUCAACCACAGUGCGUGGGCCACGCUCGUAGUGCCGGUGAUGAAGGCCAACAAUCGGGUAAGAUUGUAUGGCGACUAUAAAAUCACAGUCAACCCAAACUUGGUCGUCGACGAACACCCGCUGCCUACUAUGAAGGAACUAUUUGCCAACGUUGCCGGAGGAGAUAAAUUUUCAAAGAUUGACCUAACCGUGGACCUAACUCAAGCCUAUCUACAGCUUGAAGUUGAGGAAGAGGAUCGUGAGGUAUUGACUCUGAGUACGCAUAAGGGUCUGUACCGGCCAACGCUCUUGGUGUACGGGGUCGCGUCUGCACCAGCGAUAUGGCAACGGUUGAUGGAGGAGAUUUUGAGCGGAAUACCGGGCGUUACUGUAUUUCUCGAUGAUAUUCGUGUUACGGGCCCCAAUGAUCAAGAGCUUUGCGCCGACUGA